AUGGGCGCUUUGUGGAGAGGCAAUCACUAUGGUAUUUCCGUACUAAACCUCUUGAGCAUUUUUCUCCUGCUAGGGAAUGAGGGCGUAUUUAGCAUACAGGCCACGGCGAUGCUUUCUCGUCGCGAGAUCAAUACGGCCACCGAUCACUCGCCAGAGCUGAAUUAUCAGCAGGGAAACCUAUUGAAUAAUGACGAAUUCUACAGCUCGGAUGCUAUGGAUAUGAUUUUCCCCGAACACAUGUUCCGAAACAAUAAUGUGGCUGUGAUCAUGGAGACCGAACCGGCAAAGGUAGCCAACCUUGUACCUAUUAUGCUACACUUUGCUUCGAUGUUAGGCCCGGAAUGGCCGGUCGUCCUCCUGACCUUGCAGGAGCAGUGGGAGGUGCCCCCAUCGUUGCAAUUCCAGCAACUCAUGGAGGCGAAGCGCAUUAUAGUCUUGUACCUCCCUCCCGGUACAUCGUUUCCAGAUCACAAAUCCGUCAGCUUUUUCAUGAUCGGCCGUUGGCUGUGGGAGCUUUUUGCACCUGCAAACCGAAUACUCAUGUUUCAGGCUGACAGCAUCCUAUGUUCCCAAUCAUCCAAGAGAAUCGAAGAUUUUCUCGAAUGGGACUUCAUUGGUGCACCAAUCGCGAAAAAGUUUGGACAAGGAUACAACGGUGGACUAUCGAUACGAAACCCAAAGUUGUUUCUCGAAAUCGCGAAACAGCAGGAAAGACAGCCUGUUAGGCUCAAAGUAGAGGAUCAAUGGUUUUACACCCGGUUACGGGAACGCGAUGCGCAUCUACCAAGCGCGGAGGUGGCCAAAACGUUUGUCGUCGAAACCAUAUACUACGAUGAACCGUUAGGCUAUCACCAACCAGCCCGUUGGCAAAAAGGGAGAAUGGAGGAGAUCAAGAAGUGGUGCCCAGAGGUAAAUAUGUUGACUGGGGGGCAACACUUCUAUCGAUAA